AGCCACAACAUUUUGUUGUGAUAAAAUGGCGGACUAACUUUGGAGCAGGGAGAUUCAUCUUUCAAAAUGCCUAAAUACACAUUGUUGCUCUAAAGUAUCGCAUUUCAACAAUGAGAUGAUGCUUGGCGAUAUAGGGGAAACUCAGAAACAACCAUUUUGAUUAAAAGGUUGCAAUUUGAUCUUAGGUUGCAAUCAAGCAAAAAAUGUAUAGAGCAUUAUUUAAUUACGACGGUCAGCAAGGAGACCGGACGUUGACAUUUAAAUCUGGAGAUGAAUUUAAUCUUAUUGACCAAAUCAACGAACAUUGGUGGCAAAUGCAGUCUUCAACUGGGGAAAUCGGAUUAGUACCAUCAACUUACCUUGCAAUUAAUAAGACAGUAAAGAGUGAAAUAAUUGAAUCAAUUGAAAGAGCUAUUGACCUAAUUCAUAAGAGUGCAGCGAAAAGAGGUGGACCGUUAACUGCUGAAGAAAGGAAAAGUCUACAAAAGCUGAUAUCUCAUCGCCAGAAUGUUGUUGAUGACAAGUCAGUCGAUGGAAAUGAAAACUCUGCAAAGAGUUCUUCUGAAAUUUCACAGCUGCCACUGCAGACAAACUAUGAGAAAAAUGGAUUCAAAGAUCCAAACACCUCUCCUGUAAAGCAAGAAAGUAAAGAUACGAUAGGUGAAGAACAGUAUGUCUUCAUGGACCUUCCAGAUCAACCAAAAAGACAGGCACCAAACCCUCCAAGAUCGAUUUCAGGAAGAACACAAUCAAAGUCCCUUAGAGAUAGAAGAAAAGCUCCAGAGCCACCAUCUUUGUCCCGUUCAUCAUCAGAGACUGGGAAGAACAACAAAGAAUUACAAAACAGCAUAACUCUUGGAUAUAAUAAAGGUCCUAUUAUGGAAAAAUGCAGCAAAGAUCAUGUAUCUUCAUUGACCGUGCCAAACGGACUUGGUAUGAACAUAGCUUCAAAGGUCAUGGGGAGGUUUAACUUGGACAAGAAAAAAUCCCAAAAAGUUGUCACCUGCGUUCUUGAAGGUAUUAUGGAAGGGGUUCCUGCUUUAUCUGAAUUAUUGCAGAAAGUUGUGGGAGAUUUGCCACAGUUUCCAGUGGAAGAUAUAGUCUUUGGCCCUGAAGAUGAACUCCGUGUUAUUCUUGAAGAUCUUUCAAAGCGAAAAGAUGACUCCCAACAAAGAAGCUGGGCAUUGCAUGAGGAUUAUCAUAUCAUCGAAAAAUUGCUUACCAAACUGCUUAAGCUGUUGGCAGGGAUGGAUAAAGCUGUAUCGUCCAAGCUUCUUUGUGAAGAUGACUACCAUUUUCUAAAUGAUUUGGUUGUUUAUUAUCAGAUGGAACCUCGACCUGGUCUUCGCGUUUUACUUAUUCAAACCUUUGGUUGUUGUUGUGAACUCGGCUAUGAUUUUGUUACUCAGUUGCUAUGCACGGUGUUACCAACGGAACUGGCAAGAGAACUAAUGGAAGUUAAAGAUAUUACAAGCUUCCUCAACAUUGCUCUUCUUCUAACUAUGCUAUUUUCUACUGGCGAGGCCAUUCCUUUACACCAAUAUGCACAAUUUAACGAGGAAUUCCUGGAAUUUGUGUUCGACUGCGUAGAGCGACCCCAUCUUGAUGAUAAAUACGAUCAAAUACCGUACAGUCUUGUAUCCGUCUUGCUGUCCUUCAACCAGCACAUGAAAGAUCCAUCAGAAAACAGAGUUCUGAAAGUUAUUUCUUGUCGAACAGACCUCAAAGUAUUUUCCGAAAAACUUCUAUUACUGGUGAACAGAGAAGAUGAUCCAGUGGCAAUAUUUGAUUAUCAUAAGCCGGAACCCACCUCUAUUUUGAAGAUGAUGCAAGACAUCUUCUCGCAAAAAGAGACAUCGAAUAUUUUUUUCACAAAUGAUCUGAUGGUGCUUAUAGAUAUCAUUUUGCGGCAAUUCACUGAUCGUUGUCCCGGGGAUAAGGUUCGCACACAGUUUCUGUCGUUAUUUUACGACAUAAUUACGAACUCGAACUAUAGAGAGCAUCGCCAUCGCUGCAACGAAUUCGGCGAAUGUUUCACCAGCAUUCUGGUUGAUGAGGAAAGCGAAAUCGAAGAUGAUAAGUAUAUAGUCAGGAAUAUUUGCUCGGAAUUCAAUACGCUGUUCCCUAUUUUCAUUUAGAAUUUUUUAGUGUCUUUGCAAGAUUUACGAGGCGUGUAAUACAAUACGCUCUUCUUCUCUAAAAUGUUCCUCGAAUUUCGAGCAAACGUAAACGCUUAAGAAGGAGGCACCUAAUGAACAAGCAUAUCAAAGGAUCUAAGCAUGCCUUCAUUUAAAUUGGCUGACAAUAUGUCCCAUUUCGUGAAUUGCAUGGGUUCUUACACAGUAUACAAAGGGUUUAACAAAGUAUACUAUACAGUACAAAAAUACUUAUGGGAGCUCCUACCCUUGUUGCCCCACCCACUCAGUGUUGCAAUUUAAAAUCACACAUAACAAGCUGACAUGGGUGGCGUAACUCAGACAAUACUCUCAAAAGGGUGACAUGUGGGAAACAUUAAAAAAUCAUUGGAGAGCAAAGAAUGCUGCAAUCUCGUGCAAAGGGUUUGCUUGUAAGCGACCCAAAGGUAUUAUUAGUGGUAUUGAUAUUAAGAAGCAAUAAUUGAUGACGUUAUAUAGCCUGUCGGGCAAUACUGAAGUCAUAUUCACAAACAAUGUCAAAGAAGUAUUUUUUCGUAACAGGGAUCAAUUUCUUCGCGCGUAUGUGUUGAUUAUGUGUAUUUGGGAGGUAUUAUAAUACGUCUAUACCUUUUUACGAUUUGCUAGGUUUUUUCAUCUCUAGCCACGUUAGUUAUUUAGCUUGUGCUUUUGGUUUUGCAAUGGGAAAUGUAGUAGUAAGGAUUCCCAAAUAGUUAAAGGUAGGUUAAGAUAUUUGUAGAGAAUGGAAGUUGAAUUUAAGUAUUUUCAUCAGAUAUGUGUCUAUGAAUGUUAAUGAGUUACAAUAACCCGUUUAAUGCUUUAAACAUGUCUUUGGCUAAAUUUGUAUGGUAAAAACUUGAUCAGUUCAAAUCUUGCCAAAAAUGUUGGAAAACCCUCACAAAAUUAUCACAGUUUUUCUAAGCUUUUAGUCAAUGGGUUUUCUAUUAAUAUGAGGUGUUUCACUUAUGUUUGGCAAGGAUUGUAGAUUGAGAUGCAACGCUUGUUCGCAAGGCAAAAGAAAUAGGUUUUAUGUUUGACUGAUGUUAAUUUAGUAUUUUGUACAAGGCCUUGGCUGCUUUUACUGUGUCGCGCCGCACCUACCAUAUUUAUUCGAAUAUAGGCCGCUGCUUCUAAAAAUUUUUGGCAUAUUUUGCUGUGGUUUAUAAUCAAGAGCGGCUUGCAAACGAGGACGGCUUACAAAAGAGGACGGCUUAAAAAGAGGACGGCUUCCAAACGAAGACGUCUUACAAACGAGGGUGGCUAAGAAUCGGACAAAUACGGUACCUCGGCAAGUGGUAGAACCUCAUUGAGAUUCAAUGUUCAAAAUAUUUUGUGCAAAAUUUAAAAUAUACGUUUUGCAUAUUGACCGAAAGCUGGUGCUGAAGCAGUAAUGGCCGAUUUUAUAUGUUCUUUACGUAUUUGUAUAUUUUCACAGGUAGUUAAUAUAACGUAGGCUGUUACACUAUUAGCAAUAUGACCUUUUCUCGUGGAGUAAAAUAAGUUAACAUAGCUUACAUUGCACUCUUUCUUUAAAAUCCAAAAGUUAGUUUAUUUAAGUAAUCGUUAUACACUUUUGCCUUAUUGUUGCUUUUUGGUGCCAAUUUUCUUUCAAGCAGGACUCCAGAUUUCAAUUUUAUGGAAAUCCAUGACAAAACCGGAGAGUUUCUUACUAGUCAGUAAUGUCCAAGGGUCAGAAAUGUAAUGGUCAAACGCUGCUAAAAUAGUUGAAAAUAUCAAGUCAAUAGUAAAAUUGAGCACUAGAAAUGAUGGGUCAUUAGCAAUGGCAAUAUUAAGGAUGGAACUUCGUACAAAUUGUUUGGAAGCUGCAGAGGGAGUUACCAAAAAAUGGUAGGAAAAGAAAAGCAGCUCUGCUAAAGAUAAAUUUUAUUGCGUCUUUUUGUUGUCCAGACUAAAGCAAACUAGAGCAAUUGUAUUAAACCAGACAUUUCUCAUGAUAUGCUAUUUUCGAGUAGGAUAUUCAUAUUCUUGUGCAUCAUGAUCACAUGUCAGGACAAUAACAUGUAUACAUAUAUAAUCAGAAGUUUUGCUUUUAUAAGCCAUAAACGGUA